AUGACAUCAAACUCAACGGUACCUUCUCAACCUAUCCCAUCUUCCUCUUCUGCCUCCUCAUCCAACGCAAUCCCCGCAUCUGCUCUUUCGACCGCAGAAGAUGUAGGGCCUGAUUCUUUUGCUACCGCAGAGGAAGCUCGUCAAGCUACGACCUCACCACCUAUUGAUCCUACCCGAUUGAAUAACCAACCUGCAGUACUCCCACCUUCAUCCCCUCCAACUCACACAAACGCAAAUACUAAUCCCCUCUCUCCACCUCUCAGAGAUACCGAUGCUCCUUUAGAUUCAGCUUACUUGGAUUCAGGAGCUCAGCUCGAACCUUCUUCUCAUCCUACCAUAGCCGAGACAGGUGUUUUACAGAGUCCUGACGAAAAUCCUGGACCCAAACAAGGUCAAUUGAGAAGAGCUUCAAAACCUCAAUCCGGCGAGGAAAUCAUCAAACUUGGCUCUUUGGGCGGCGAAGGAUUGCAGGACAAACCUGCUAGUGGAAGCUUCAGUGGACAGUAG